AUGCUGAAGGUAGCUAUCACCGGAACAAAGCGAAUUCAGCAUGCGAGACUGUUUGCUUGCUUACGAGGAUUCUCCACAACAGCGGAAGAAGCGAAGAAUUGUUAUGUCUUACCUAUGUUUCCGUAUCCUUCAGGAAAAAUGCACAUGGGACAUGUUCGAGUUUUUUCCAUUUCUGAUUGUAUCUCUCGGUAUAAAGCGAUGAAUGGAUACAAUGUUAUCCAUCCAAUGGGCUGGGAUGCUUUUGGGCUUCCUGCUGAAAAUGCAGCAAUUGAAAGAAAUAUUCCUCCCGAUAUUUGGACAAAGAACAAUGUCGAGGAGAUGCGGAAACAGAUUUCGGGUCUCAAUUUCCGGUUUAACUGGGAUCGCGAAGUCAAUACGAGCACUCCAGAAUACUACAAGUGGACGCAAUGGCUGUUUCUGAAGCUGUGGGAAAAGGGAUACGUAACUCGCCGCAAUGGACUAGUCAAUUGGGAUCCAGUGGACCACACCGUGUUGGCGAACGAGCAGGUGGAUGAAGAGGGCCGGUCCUGGCGGAGUGGAGCUUUGAUUGAGCGACGAACGUUGACUCAGUGGUACGUAUUGACUACCAAGAUGAGCGAGAAACUACUCCGUGGAUUGGAUGAUCUGCCCAACUGGCCUUCCGUAGUGAAAACGGCGCAAAGGAAAUGGAUCGGCAAGUCUUCCGGCGCGGAGUUCACCUUUUCCCUCGCUUCAUCCGAUCCAAAACUGAACGGAAUCCGCGUCUUUACCACACAUCCCGAAACCAUCUACGGAGUUUCGUUUAUCGGCCUCUCUGCCAAUCAUCCUGUCUCUCUCCAUUUUGCAGAAACGGAUUCUUCUCUCCGCGAAUUCCUUCGCCAUGUUGGAAAGGCAUCCUUCAAAAUCGGCCAGGAGCAAGUCGAUGGAUACAAACUCCCCCUCCAAGCCCUUCAUCCACUCACUCACAAGCCAAUCGACGUCUAUGUCACCAACUACGUGCUUUCUGAUUACGGCGAAGGAGCGGUAAUGGGCGUUCCUUCCCACGAUUCGCGCGACGCUGCGUUUGCUGAUCGCUUCCAUCUCCCUGUUCUUCCCGUUCUCACGGACUCUCCCUCCCCCACGCUCUGCAAUAGCGGUCCGUUCUCGGGACUCUCUGUCUCGGAAGCGACAAAGCGACUGCUCGCGCAGGCAAAGCAAGAAGGCUGGGGCGCAGCGGCGACGAACUAUCGACUUCGAGACUGGCUGGUGAGUCGCCAGCGAUUCUGGGGAGCUCCGGUUCCUGCCAUCCACUGCGAGCAUUGCGGAGUCGUUCCUGUGCCUUAUCAAGAUCUCCCUGUUCGGCUUCCGGCCAUGCAUGAAGGCGAUGUGUCGAAAAUGUGUGGAUCGGAUGCCAUGUCUCCACUUCAGCGAUACGAUGAUUGGAAGACAGUUUCCUGCCCGUACUGUGGAAAUCCGCACGCGCAACGAGACUGCGACACACUCGACACGUUUAUGGAUUCGUCCUGGUAUUUCUACCGCUAUCUGGACCCGCAAAACGCGACCGCAUUCUGCGACCCUUCCAAAAUGAAGCAAUUCCCAGUGGUCAACUACUAUGUCGGAGGCUCAGAGCAUUCCAUCAUGCAUCUUCUCUUCGCUCGCUUCGUCGCGCGCUUCCUUUUUGAGCAGGGCCUUGCUCCCAGCCCCGAGCCUUUCGAUCAUCUGAUCACCCAAGGAAUGGUUCUGAGCAGCACAUACAAAGAUCUGGUCACGGGAGCGUAUUUGCCGCCAGAACGCGUGGAGAAGGAUGGAAAGGAAUGGAAGGCGAAGGAGACGAAUCACCCGGUGGAAAUGAAGUAUUCCAAAAUGAGUAAGAGCAAGUACAAUGGCGUGGAUCCUGUGGAAGUGGUUACGAAAUACGGAGGAGAUGCGGUUCGGAUUGGAAUGCUGAUGCAGUGUCCUCCCGCGAAUGCGUUCAUGUACAAUAGCGGAAUUGUGAACCCUGCUACGGACAUGAUUAAAAAACUGGAGCGCGUGUGCCAGAUUUGUGUGGAAGGCGCAAACCCAUCAGGGAAGAAGCUGGAUUCGAACAAACUGAACUCGCAGCACAACAAAAUUCUACACGAUAUGGACAAGUUCGACUUCCAUAAUGUGCUUUCGGGAGUGAACAUCAUGCUCAACGAUCUUCUUCAGGGCAGCUACAGCAAGGCUUACUUGGAUUAUGUGAAGCGCGUUGUGCUGUUUAUGGCUCCAUUUGCUCCCGGAAAGUCAGAGGAGUGUUGGAACCAAUUGAUCCGAGGGAAGUGUGUUAGCGAGAAGGAUGGCUUUGACCGCCAGAAAUGGCCGCAAUCGAUGGUUUCUACGAACACGAUGGCGAUUAUCCAAGUCAACGGAAAGAUGAAGAAAACACUGAAUCUGGAAUCAGAUCAUUGCGAAGACAUGAGCGAUCAAGUCCUCGUUGCCCAUUUAGAGAAGAAUGAGGUGGUGAAGAAUUUGCUGUCUUUUACUCCGCGAGAUAUAAAAGUGAUUCGUAAGGGGGCUAAAAUAGUGAUUAACUACAUAAAAUGA